UUGUGAUUGGCCAUAACCUUUUCCGGUGAGCUAUCCAUCCGAGGACUGUGUGAAAGACAGUGUUACGGAGUAAAACAACGUAGACAAACUCAUUGACACGACUCAGGUCAGCAGGUCAUCAUGGCGUCCAGCAGUACGAGCAGUGAAGAGGAGAGGAGUUUGCGGGAGUGUGAGCGCUACGUGCAGAAGCACAACAUCCAGCAGCUGCUGAAGGACUGUAUUGUGCAGCUGUGCACCUCCAGGCCUGACAAGCCCAUGGCUUUCCUCAGAGAGUACUUUGAAAGGCUUGAGAAGGAGGAAGCUAAACAGAUCAUCAGCCAGCAGAAGUCGAGCUCUCGUUCAGACUCCCGUGAAGAUGAGGUCUCUCCUCCCAUGAACCCUGUGGUUAAGGGCCGGCGGCGCCGUGGUGCCAUCAGCGCAGAGGUCUACACUGAAGAAGAUGCUGCUUCUUAUGUCAGAAAGGUCAUUCCUAAAGACUAUAAAACAAUGGCUGCCCUUGCUAAAGCGAUUGAGAAAAAUGUGCUUUUUUCCCAUCUCGAUGACAAUGAGAGAAGUGAUAUAUUUGAUGCCAUGUUCUCAGUCACCUACAUUGCAGGAGAAACUGUCAUUCAACAAGGGGAUGAGGGUGAUAACUUUUAUGUUAUCGACCAAGGUGAAAUGGAUGUGUAUGUCAACAAUGAGUGGGUGACCAGUAUUGGAGAGGGUGGCAGUUUUGGUGAACUGGCUUUAAUCUACGGCACUCCCAGAGCAGCCACUGUUAGAGCAAAGACCAAUGUCAAGCUGUGGGGGAUUGAUAGAGACAGCUAUAGGAGAAUACUCAUGGGAAGCACUCUGAGAAAGAGAAAAAUGUAUGAAGAAUUCCUUAGCAAGGUCUCCAUUUUGGAAUCCCUGGAUAAAUGGGAACGGUUGACUGUUGCUGACGCCCUUGAAACAGUCCAGUUUGAGGAUGGCCAGAAGAUUGUUGUGCAGGGUCAGCCUGGAGAUGAAUUUUUUAUUAUCCUUGAGGGGUCUGCAGCAGUCCUGCAGCGACGGUCGGAGAAUGAGGAGUUUGUGGAGGUUGGAAGACUCGCACCCUCUGACUACUUUGGUGAGAUUGCCCUGCUCAUGAACCGCCCUCGUGCCGCCACAGUGGUUGCUCGUGGUCCACUAAAGUGCGUCAAACUUGACCGUCCCCGGUUCGAACGUGUGCUUGGUCCCUGCUCAGAUAUUCUGAAGAGAAACAUACAGCAGUACAACAGCUUUGUGUCUCUGUCCGUCUGAGAUGCAUUAGGCUCUUUCCUCCUCUAUUGCAGGGUCCACCAAUGCAAAUCUGCUUUAUUUUCAUACUUUUCUUUAUUUACUUUUCCAACACCCAGGUGCCCAUUCACUUCAGUGUUCUCUCUGUCUUUUUUUGGAUUUGUGCUGCACCCUGUCACAUUUGUAUCCGUCGUACAUUUACCAUAAGGCUGAUUGUUUGUUUUGCCUGAGAAACGAGCCAAUUAUUGUGCCACAGAUGCCUGUCAAGUGAACAUAACAAAAAUCUAUCAGAAUUUUCUCUUGCCUCCAAAUUGCAAUUACAAGUUUCUUUGUAACAGUGUUUAGAAUGGAAGGAAAACUUUGGCAAGGCUGACAGUUGUGUAGAGUAUAUUAUGUAUUUUAAUUGAGCCGUUGAAGAGUUUCAGAUUCAGUUUUCCCCCAUUAAUUUCAAGCGUUUGAAUAUAGAGAAGCCAAAGGCAAAUCCAUGUGUGCUAUGUUGUUUUCUUGAGGGUACCAAAGUUUAAAUGUCACCGUGUUUAUGAUGGUCAUCAGCUUUGCUCUUUUAUUGUUAUAGCUGAACAUAUAUAGUGUAUGUAAAUGAUUAUAUAUUAGAAGUAAAUGACCAUAACCAUAUUGUUUUGCACAGUUUGAUAUCUAUAUAUAUACACAUAUAUAAAGAACUCUUUAUAUGCGCCUGAUGUUUUUCCAUUGUGGCAUUUGAUCCCAUAGCAUUGGGGGAACAAGGCUUUUUUUCAUACUCAGUUGGACGUUCUGCUUUUCCUUCAUCCUCCAUGUUGUAUGGACUCUUAUGUAGAGCGGACCAGGAUUAGUCAAAUCCCCUUUUGAAGUUACACUUUUUACACAUUUCCUUCUUUCUGAAAUGCCCUCUGCUGCAAAUGCUUUUGUUUGUGUCCACCACAAAGUUAAUGUUAUUUUAAUUAAUUAUUUUGUUUGGUCAAAGAAAUUACGGUGGAGAGAAGUACAGAAAAGUUACGAUUAUAAUUGUUGAUACAGUUGUUUAAUAGUUAAUAUCGGGAGAGUUACAGAAAUUUAACAGUUGUGGUUAACGGAGUAUUUGUUUUAUACUUGUCUGUAAAAACUGAGCUGGUGAUGCUUUGUGACUGAGAAUGUGAGUAUCCUCUUUUUACGCAGCAGGAAGUGACUACUUGGUGACCUCCUUGGCCCACAGAGAUUUUUCCCAUUAGCUUCUCUCUCUCUCUAUGAGAUUGCAUGUAAACGUCUUUGAAAUCCCAAAUGUUAUUCUUUCUCAUUUGUUAGCUGAAUAAACUAAACCACAUCCAAGUAUGUGGAUAAUUGGGGGAGGGCUAUGAAUUUGCUAUUUGUUUUCAAAUUUUAAAUGUCCUUUUUAUUUUGUCUUCAGUUUUAGAUAAUUUAUGCUACUCAUAAUUAAAUAAGUCUUAAAACAGAGACAGUAUUUACCACUUGUGUUGAGUUCACAGUGUAUGUAUGGCAUUAGGUUUGGAAUCCAUACAAUAUUAUGAAAAAGACUCCACCACCACCUUAAUCUCUAAUCAGAUAUUGGUCUUUAUUAAUUGGGUUCUCCGAGCUGUGUUGUACAGUUUUAUUGGGUGGUACAAUAUAGUGUUAACAGUUGCAAAAUUUAAAUUGUUGUCACACUUGUAUUAUUUCGAAUGAAUUGGUUUGUAUUUUAACUUUGUGAUUUUAUUCCAUACGUCUUUGUUAUACAGACAUGUAGUAUACAGAUACACAGCUGCUUUAUACCGCAGACUCAUGUUAUUGCAAGUGCCAGAUUUAUUGUUUUGAUUUUGCUUUCCCCGUAAUAUAUUCAUAACUGCUCUGUCAGCUUGAUACCUGUAUUACUUUUAAACUUUAAUAUUUUAUUUCAUCCUUAUGUGGUCUCCAUAACAGUAUAAUUGAUUAGUAGGCCAGAGUUAUAUAUUCAGAUGUAAAGCUCCAGUAAUUUGGGGUGUGCACAGAACUUUCCCAAAAUUGCUUUGAAAUCUGUGAUUGGAAAUCAAGAUUAUUCCACCAAAUACAGAUUUCUGAACUCUUCCUAAGUUAAAACAUUUGUGAUGUGUUUAAAAAAUGAAUAUGAACUUGUUUUCUUUGCAUUAUUCGAGGUCCGAUAACACUGCAUCUUUUUUGUUAUUUUGACCAGUUCAUUUUCUGCAAAUAAAUUCUGUAAAUGACAAUUUUAUUUGGAAUUUGGGAGAAAUGUUGUCAGUACUUUUUAGAAUAAAUACAAAAAAAAUGUAUGUUACUCAAACAUAUACCUAUAAAUGGUAUAUCAAGAGAAACUGAAAAUUUGGAGUGGUCUCAAUUUUUUCCAGAGCUAUAUAUGUAGUUUGUUUUCAUUUUAAGUAUCUGGGUUUGCCCUACUAACCAAAUUGACAUAUUUUGUUUAAUUUUUCCUCUCCUGUUGUCAUUCCAUGACAGUUGAUUUGGCAUGUCAGUGCAACUGUCUAAAAUAAGAUUUUUGCUUACAUGCUCAGAUUUCUGCCACUCUAGUUCCAAGAUUUUAUUUGAAAUUCAGAAUCAGAAAAAUUGUGGUGCUGUAGCUUCAAAACCAAUUGCAGGGGAUAUUUCAAAUACGAUAUAGCCUUUUGAUUAACUGUUCCACUGUAUUUUCAAGUGGCUUAUGCCUUAUGAUGGGGUGGAAUAAAUUAACAUGUUUAAUUGUUUAUAAUGAGUUGGUAUGUGUUGUCCUCAUAUUGUAAACUGUGACACCAUUUGAUUUAAUUGCUUAGCAGUGUACGGAUUAUAGCUCGUGCACUGUCCAAUUAACUUUAUUGUUUGGCUGUGCAGAAUUGAUGUUGCAGUUUUUGUCAACUAAAAGGAACUAUCAAUCUUUUGCCAUUUGUCUUUUGUUCUGUGAAAAGAUUUAAUGGUUUUGUACCACCACAAUUGCAACUUUUUCUUUAUUUUAUUAUAAUUUACAACAACUCCAGGCCCUGUAUCUUCAAGAACAUUCAGUGGUACAUUGGAAAGGUGUUUGUAUUAGCCCCUCAUACUUUUGUGUAUCUUGCUUCUCAUUCCCUAUGACUUCCGCUGGUGUUUUCUUCUGAAUUAUGUUAUAGUAUCUACAGGGGAAUUUAUAUAUUUGGUCUUAAGCUUUGUCAUCAAGGCUUAGAGUCUCCAAUUCACAUGUUCUUCAGCUGUUCAGUUUGUCAAACCCUCAGCACAGAGAGGUAUAAAAUGUCAGAGGACCAUUUUUCUAUUAUUCUUUUUCUAUAACUGUAUACGGUUUGAUUUCGUUGGAUGUACUCAAGUUGUAACCCUUUUGGUAUAGAUUGUCCCAAUGGCAGGUCAAGCAAUAAAAUGAUUAAUU